GUGUUCCUCUGGAGGGAAGAGUUGGGGAGGCUCUGGCGGCUUUGAGAAACCUUUUUAACCAUAGGAUAACUGGUUCGAGGAACCCACCAGGGGGCAAUAAGUGGAAUAUAAGUUUUGGACCCUAGAGAACAGAAAGAAAGCAGCUUUAUUUGCCAUAAGGGUGUUUGAAUUACUGCUGUUGGAGACCCUCGUUUGAACGAGCCUCCAAAACUGCACAGUAAUGGAGACUGUGGAAUAUGAGGAAGAGUAUGAAGAGUAUGAAGAAGAGUUUGAAGAGUAUGAAGAAGAGGUUGUGGAGGAGUAUGUUGUGGAGAGGUCGGAGAGGAUCACAGAGCAAAGAGAGCAAAGAGAACAAAGAGAGCAAACAGAGAAAAAACCGCAAACACAGGUCACGGAGCCCGGCGGCUUGCCUGUGCGGAGGGUGAAGAAGAGGGCAAAAGUGGACACUUCCAAGUUCAUGACCCCUUACUUGGCCCACAGCCAGAAGAUGCAGGACCUCUUCAGCCAUAAUAAGUACAGGCAUGCCUACGACAAGACCAAGGGCCAGCCGUACGCCAUCACAGCUGAUACCCCUGAUGUGCAGAGGAUCAAGAAGGCCCAAGAUCAGCUCAGCGAGGUGAAAUACCGAAUGCAGGGGCUGAAGUCUCAGACCAUGAGCAACUACGACGGACAAGCAAAAGAUAUUACUCAUGCAAAGCAUGUCUCUGAUCUGGUCAGCAAAGUUCUGUACAGGCAGAAAUGGGAUGAGACCAAAGAUAAGUACCUGCUGCCCCCAGAUGCCCCAGAGCUUGUGCAAGCGGUGAAGAAUGCUGCCAACUUUAGCAAGAAACUGUACACGGAGGCCUGGGACGAGGACAAGACCAUGUACUACCCUUACAGCGACAGCCCGGAGCUCCGCCGGGUGGCCAGAGCACAGGAGGUCCUAAGCGAUAUCCAGUACAAGAAAGGCCAUGACGAGCGCAAGGCCAAGUACACCGCUUUGGCCGAUCCUCCGGAUGUGGAGCUGGCCAAGAAAGUGUUCACACAGCGCAGUGACCUCAAGUACCAUGAGGAUUAUAACAAGAAUGUCAAGGGCAAGUGGUGCGAGACGCCUUACUUUGAUGUGGCUAUUGCAAAGAUGGCCAUGGACAACAUCAGCCCUAAAAAGUAUAUUUCUGCCUAUGAAGACAUGAAGGACCAAAUUUACUUCAUGCAAACAGAGACCCCAGAAUAUGACACACACAAAAAAGCUGGUCAGGCUGCCAGUGCGGUUAAAUACAAAAAGGACUAUGAGAAGACCAAAGCCAUGUCAGAUUACAACGUCCUCCCUGCGACAGAAAACCCCGUUCUGAGACAGCUUAGAUACGCUGGCACCAUUCUGAGCGAUAAAGUUUAUAAGGAGAACUAUGAAAAAACAAAGGGAUCGAGCAUCAACUACUGUGACACGCCCAAGUUCAAGAUGGACAGUGAGAUAAAGAAAUAUAGUGAUGUGCAUUAUAAAGACAAGUAUGACAAUGAGGUGAAGGGGCGUUACAUUGGCAGUUAUGAAGACAUAUACAUGCUUCACUGCCAAAAGGCAGAGGAGAUAAAGGGAGAUAAAAAUUACAAAGCUGAUUAUGAAGAUAUGAAGGGCAAGUGCUUCUUCCCUCAAACCAUAACUCCUGAAUAUGAGGCCAUAAAGAAACUGGAACAGUGUAGUGAUAAAGUAUACAAAAAACAUCCGGACACAGUGAAGUUCACUCAAGUGACAGACUCUCCUGUGCUAGUGCAGGCUGCCAUCAAUGCUAAACAGCUGAGUGAUCUCAAUUACAAGGCGAAGUAUGAGCAAGAGAAGUUUAAGUGUUAUGUACCCCCUGACGAUCCCUUCUUUAUUCAGUCCAGAGUCAACGCCUAUAACCUUAGUGAUAAUUGUUACAAGUAUGAAUGGGAGAAAACUAAAGCCAAUAAGUUUGAUAUCAAGCUUGAUGCAAUACCGAUUAUGGCAGCCCGCGCUCACACCAAUAUUGCAAGUGAUGUGAAAUACAAGAAGGACUAUGAGAAAUCCAAGGGCCAGAUGGUUGGAGCCCUCAGUAUUCACGACGACCCCAAGAUUCUGCAUUCAGUCCAUGUGGCCAAAAUCCAGAGCGACCGUGAGUACAAGAAAGACUACGAGAAAAUGAAGACCAAGUAUCACCCCACCUUGGACAUGAUGCCAGUCACCCUAGCGAAGAAGUCUCAGGCCAUCGCUAGCAACGCGGGAUACAAGCAGCUACAUCACCACUACCUCCUGCCCUAUGACAGUGUGGCACUGGACCUUGCCAAGAAAGCCAAUAUGUUGCAGAGUGAGAAUGAAUACAGAUCUGAGUAUAACUGCUACACUAAGGGCACUCCCUGGGUCCCCUUCGGCUCUAUGGAGGUGGAAAAAGCCCAAAAAGCUGCCGACAUCCUCAGCGAGAAAAAGUACAGGCAGGCUCCAGACACCAUUCCUUUCACCUCCAUUGAAGAUCACCCUGUAAUGGUCCAGGCCAAAAUCAACCAGAUACAGAGGAGUGAUCUGAACUACAAAAAAGGGCUAGAGGCUGUGCAUCAGAAGUACUCUCUGCCUCCAGAUGUGCCAGAGUUCAUACAGGCCAAAUGCAAUGCCUACAACUUCAGUAAGAACUACUAUAAGCUUGCCUGGGAAGACAUGAUUGCAAAAGGGUAUGACCUGAAAACCGAUGCCAUACCCAUUGUAGCCGCUAAAGCCGCCCGGAAUGCAGCCAGUGACUAUCAGUACAAGAAGGACUACCAGAAGGCAAAAGGACAUCAUUUGGGCUUCCGCAGUCUGCAGGACGACCCUUUACUGGUGCACUACAUGAACGUGGCUAAGAUGCAGAGUGACAGAGAGUACACAAAGGACUACCACAAGGCCAAGCUUAAGUAUCACACUCCUGUGGACAUGCUCAGCGUCGUGCAAGCCAAGAAUGCCUCGGCUGUGCAGACUAACUGUGGCUACAAACAGCUGCACCACCGUUACACCCUCCUACCCGACGCCAUGAAUCUGGAGCUGGCUCGAGCCACAAACAGCAGUAUUAGCGAUGUUAAUUACAAGUCUGAUUAUGAGAACUAUGUUAAAGGCAUGGGUUGGAUCCCGAUCGGCUCCCUUGAUGUGGAGAAAGUAAAGAUGGCUGGGAAGGCUCUGGAUGAGAAGACGUACAGGCUGCACCCAGACAAGCUAAAGUUCACCAGCAUCGUUGACUCUCCAGUUAUGGUGCAGGCUAAGGUCAAUGCCCUGCAGCUAAGUGAUAGGGAGUACAAAGCCAGUGGAGAGAAGUUUAUGCACACCUACCACCUCCCUGCAGAUGCUCCACAGCUGGUGCAGGCAAAGUACAACGCAGUCAACAUCAGCCCGAAUUAUUACACUUACGCUCAUAAACAAGAACUCCUCAAAGGUCACCAGAUGAAAGAAGAUGCCAUCCCUAUCACUGCUGCUAAGGCCUCCAGAGAUAUUGCCAGUGAUUACAAGUACAAGCUGGCCUACCAGAAGGCCAAAGGCCAUCAUGUGGGCUUCCGCAGUCUGCAGGACGACCCAUUACUGGUGCACUACAUGGAGGUGGCCAAGAUGCAGAGUGAGAGGAACUACAAGCAGGACUACCACAAGGCCAAGCUGAAGUACCACACCCCUGUGGACAUGCUCAGCAUUGCGCAUGCCAAACAGGCCACUGCUGUGCAGACUAACUGUGGCUACAAACAGCUGCACCACCGUUACACCCUCCUACCUGACGCUAUACAUCUGGAUCUGGCCCGCAACAUGAUGGAAAUACAGAGUGAUAAUGCCUACAAAGCCGACUAUAACAGCGCGUUUAAGGGUGCUGGCUGGGUCCCCAUCGGCUCCCUGGACCACGAGAAAGCCAAGGCAGCCAAACUCGCCCUCGAUGAGACGUCCUACCGGCAACACCCCAGCACCCUCAAGUUCACCAGCCUUGUUGAUUCCAUGAACAUGUCUCUCGCCAUGAACAACACUAAGCAGCUAAACGAGGUUGCAUACAGGGCCUCUGGUGAGCAAUUCAAACACACCUACCACUUGCCCCCGGACUGCCCCGAGUUCAUCCAGGCCAAGUACAAUGCAAUCACACUGAGCGAGGCUCAUUAUAAGCACCAGUGGUUGGAGGACAUUGCUAAAGGGUAUGACAUGAAGACAGAUGCUAUCCCCAUUGUUGCUGCUAAGCUGGGAAGACACAUUGCCAGCAAUUAUCAGUACAAGAAAGACUAUGAGAAGGCCAAAGGCCAUCACGUGGGCUUCCGCAGUCUGCAGGACGACCCAUUACUGGUGCACUACAUGGAGGUGGCCAAGAUGCAGAGUGAGAGGAACUACAAGCAGGACUACCACAAGGCCAAGCUGAAGUACCACACCCCUGUGGACAUGCUCAGUGUUCUGCAAGCCAAGCAGGCCACAGCUGUGACCACAUACACCGGCUACAGACAGCCACUUCACCGUUACACCCUCCUACCCGACGCUAUGAGUCUGGAGCUGGCUCGAAACGUGAACAGCAGUAUCAGUGAUAAUGAAUACAAGAGUGAUUAUAACAGCUACAUGAAAGGAAUGGGCUGGAUACCUAUAGGAUCACUGGGAGUGGAGACUGCCAGAGUUGGCGGUGAGAUACAGAGUGAGAAAAAGUACCGCACACAUCCCUCCAAGUACCAGUUCACAAAACUGAUGGACUCCAUGGACAUGGUUCUGGCUGCCACCAACAAUCAGAUCAUGAACCAGAAAGCAUACACAGAUGCUUGGAAUAAAGACAAGCUGAAGGUCCACAUUAUGCCAGACAGUCCUGAGAUCAUAAUGGCAAAGGUGAACCAGCUCAACAUGAGCCAGAAACUGUACAAAUCAGGUAUGGAAGAAAUGGCGAGAAAAGGGUAUGACCUCAAAACAGAUGCCAUCUCAAUCAAAGCAGCAAAGUCCUCCAGGGAUAUAAUCAGUGAUUACAAGUACAAGCUGGCCUACCAGAAGGCCAAAGGCCAUCACGUGGGCUUCCGCAGUCUGCAGGACGACCCCUUGCUGGUGCACUACAUGGAGGUGGCCAAGAUGCAGAGUGAGAGGAACUACAAGCAGGACUACCACAAGGCCAAGCUGAAGUACCACACCCCUGUGGACAUGCUCAGUGUUGUACAAGCCAAGCAGGCCACGGAUGUGACCACAUACACCGGCUACAGACAGCCACUUCAUCGUUACACCCUCCUACCCGACGCUAUGAAUCUGGAGCUGGCUCGAACCGCAAACAAUAUCGUCAGUGAUAAUGAAUACAAGAGUGAUUAUAACAGCUACAUGAAAGGAAUGGGCUGGAUACCUAUAGGAUCACUGGGAGUGGAGACUGCUAGAGUUGGCAGUGAGAUCCAGAGUGAGAAAAAGUACCGCACACAUCCCUCCAAGUACCAGUUCACAAAACUGAUGGACUCCAUGGACAUGGUUCUGGCUGCCACCAACAAUCAGAUCAUGAACCAGAAAGCAUACACAGAUGCUUGGAAUAAAGACAAGCUGAAGGUCCACAUUAUGCCAGACAGUCCUGAGAUCAUAAUGGCAAAGGUGAACCAGAUCAACAUGAGCCAGAAAAUCUACAAAGCUGGUAUGGAGGAAAUGUGGAAGAAAGGAUAUGACCUCAGAACUGAUGCCAUACCAGUCCAGGCUGCAAAGGCCUCUACUCAAAUUGCCAGCGACUACAAGUACAAACUGGCCUAUGAAAAGGCCAAAGGCCAUCAUGUCGGCCUCCGCGAUCUUCAUGACGACCCUUUGCUGGUGCACUACAUGGAGGUGGCCAAGAUGCAGAGCGACAGAAACUACAAGAAGGACUACCACCUGUCUAAGCUGAAGUACCACACUCCUGUGGACAUGCUCAGUGUCGUGCAAGCCAAGCAGGCCACAGCUGUGACCACUAACACUGGCUACAAACAGCAUAUCUCACACUACACUGUUCUUCCAGACGCAAUGAACCUGGAGUUGGCACGCAACAUGCAGAGCAUUGCUAGUGAUAAUGUCUAUAAAAGUGAAUAUAAUAACUACGUAAAAGGAAUAGGAUGGAUACCCAUCGGUUCUCUGGACGUGGAGAAAGCAAAGACGGCUACACAAAUAGGCAGUGAGAAACUGUACCGACAGCACCCUAGCAAAUUCACAUUCACCAAAGACAUGGAAUCCAUGGAUAUGGCCCUGGCCAGCACAAAUGCUAAGAUCAUGAACAAGCAAGCAUACAUUGAAGCAUGGGAGAAUGACAAGACCAUGAUUCACAUCAUGCCAGACUCCAUGGAAGUAACUCUCGCAAGACAGAACAAAAUCAAUUACAGUGAGAAACUCUAUAGGCUUGCCAAUGAAGAGGCCAAAAAGAAGGGCUAUGAUCUCCCUACUGACGCCAUGGCCAUCAAGGCGGCCAAGGCAUCCAGAGACAUUGCCAGUGAUUACAAGUACAAGGCAGGUUACCGCAAGCAAGUUGGGCAUCACAUUGGAGCCCUCAGCAUCCAAGAUGACCCCUUGCUCAUGCUGGCCUUGAAUUCAGCCAAGAUCGCCAGUGAUGCUCUCUACAAGAAGGACUUCCACAAAUCCAAGACAAAAUUCAACCUUCCAGUGGACAUGAUGGCCUUUGAGUUGGCCAAGAAGAACCAGAUUCAAGUCAAUGACUUCAACUACAGAACUCACCUGCACAACUGGACCUGCCUGCCAGACUCCAAUGAUGUUGUCCAGGCCAGACAGGUCUAUGACCUACAGAGUGAUGCUGUAUACAAGGCAGACCUGAAGUGGCUCAAGGGUCUUGGCUGGGUCCCCAUUGGCUCUCUUGAUGUUGAGAAAGUCAAGAAGGCUGGGGAGGCCCUAAGUGAGAGGAAGUAUCGGCAGCAUCCCAGUAACUUCAAAUUCACCAGCACUAUGGAAGACAUGGGAAUGGUGCUGGCCAAAGCCAAUGCACUAACUAACAACAAGAAACUAUACACUGAAGCCUGGGAGACUGACAAAACCAAGAUCCACAUCAUGCCAGAUGCUAUGGAUGUAGUUUUGGCACGACACAAUAUGAUCAACUACAGUGAGAAUUUUUACAAACUUGCUAAUGAGGAGGCUAAGAAGAAGGGCUAUGAUCUCCCUACUGACGCCAUGGCCAUCAAGGCAGCCAAGGCAUCCAGAGACAUUGCCAGUGAUUACAAGUACAAACAAGGGUACCGUAAACAAGUUGGACAUCACAUUGGAGCCCUCAGCAUUCAAGAUGACCCCUUGCUCAUGCUGGCUUUGAAUUCAGCCAAGAUUGCUAGUGAUGCGCUCUACAAGAAGGACUUCCACAAGUCCAAGACUAAAUUCAACCUCCCAGUGGACAUGAUGGCCUUUGAGCUGGCCAAGAAGUGCCAGAUCCAAGUCAAUGACUUCAACUACAGAACUCACCUGCACAACUGGACCUGUCUGCCAGACUCCAAUGAUGUUGUCCAGGCCAGACAGGUCUAUGACCUACAGAGUGAUGCUGUGUACAAGUCAGACCUGAAAUGGCUCAAGGGUCUUGGCUGGGUCCCCAUUGGCUCUCUUGAUGUUGAGAAAGUCAAGAAGGCUGGAGAAGUCCUGAGUGAGAGGAGGUAUCGGCAGCAUCCCAGCAACUUCAAAUUCACCAACACUAUGGAAGACAUGGGAAUGGUGCUGGCCAAAGCCAAUGCACUUACUAACAACAAGCAACAGUACAUUGAAGCUUGGGAGAAAGAUAAAACUAAGAUUCACAUCAUGCCAGACUCCAUGGAAGUAACACUGGCAAGACAAAACAAGAUAAACUUCAGUGAGAAACUGUACAAACUUGCUAAUGAAGAGGCUAAGAAGAAAGGCUAUGAUCUCCCUACUGAUGCCAUGGCCAUCAAGGCAGCCAAGGCAUCCAGAGACAUUGCUAGUGAUUACAAGUACAAACAAGGGUACCGUAAACAAGUUGGACAUCACAUUGGAGCCCGCAGCAUUCAAGAUGACCCCUUGCUCAUGCUGGCUUUGAAUUCAGCCAAGAUUGCGAGUGAUGCUCUCUACAAGAAGGACUUCCACAAGUCCAAGACUAAAUUCAACCUCCCAGUGGACAUGCUGACCCUUGAGCUGGCCAAGAAGUGCCAGAUCCAAGUCAAUGACUUCAACUACAGAACUCGCCUGCACAAUUGGACCUGCCUGCCAGAUUCCAAUGAUGUUGUCCAGGCCAGACAGGUCUAUGACCUGCAGAGUGAUGCUGUGUACAAGUCAGACCUGAAAUGGCUCAAGGGUCUUGGCUGGGUCCCCAUUGGCUCUCUUGAUGUUGAGAAAGUCAAGAAGGCUGGAGAGGUCCUAAGUGAGAGGAGGUAUCGGCAGCAUCCCAGCAACUUCAAAUUCACCAACACUAUGGAAGACAUGGGAAUGGUGCUGGCCAAAGCCAAUGCACUAACUAACAACAAGAAACUGUACACUGAAGCCUGGGAGGCUGACAAAACCAAGAUCCACAUCAUGCCAGACGCCAUGGAUGUAGUUUUGGCACGACACAACAUGCUCAACUACAGUGAGAAACUUUACCGACUUGCCAAUGAAGAGGCCAAGAAGAAGGGCUAUGAUCUCCCUACUGAUGCCAUGGCCAUCAAGGCAGCCAAGGCAUCCAGAGACAUUGCCAGUGAUUACAAGUACAAACAAGGGUACCGCAAGCAGAUUGGCCAUCACAUCGGAGCCCUCAGCAUCCAAGAUGACCCCUUGCUCAUGCUGGCUUUGAAUUCAGCCAAGAUUGCUAGUGAUGCUCUCUACAAGAAGGACUUCCACAAAUCCAAGACUAAAUUCAACCUUCCAGUGGACAUGCUGGCCUUUGAGUUGGCCAAGAAGAACCAGAUUCAAGUCAAUGACUUCAACUAUAGAACUCACCUGCACAACUGGACCUGCCUGCCAGACUCCAAUGAUGUUGUCCAUGCCAGGCAGGUCUAUGACUUGCAGAGUGAUGCUGUGUACAAGUCAGACCUGAAAUGGCUUAAGGGCAUUGGCUGGGUCCCCAUUGGCUGUCUUGAUGUUGAGAAAGUCAAGAAGGCUGGAGAGGUUCUGAGUGAGAGGAAGUACCGCACACACCCCAGCACAAUACCCUUCUCCAGUUCCACAGACUCUUUGGAAAUGGUGCAGGCACAGACUAACGCCCUGAUCAUGAACAAGCGCCUCUACACUGAAGCUUGGGAGAAUGACAAGACCAAGAUCCAUAUCAUGCCAGACACUCCUGAUAUCCUGCUAGCCCAGCAGAAUAAACUCAAUACAAGCCAGAAAUUUUAUCGACAAGGCUACGAGGCCACUAUUAAGAAAGGCUAUCACCUACCCAAAGAUGCCAUAUCAGUCAAGACUGCCAAGGCCUCAAGGGAUAUUGCCAGUGAUUACAAGUACCAUGAAGGAUAUCGCAAGCAAAUUGGGCAUCACAUCGGAGCCCGCAGCAUUCAAGAUGACCCCCUGCUCAUGCUGGCUUUGAAUUCAGCCAAAAUAGCCAGUGAUGCACUCUACAAGAAGGACUUCCACAAGUCCAAGACUAAAUUCAACCUCCCUGUGGACAUGCUGACCCUCGAGUUGGCCAAGAAGUGCCAGAUUCAAGUCAAUGACUUCAACUAUAGAACUCGGCUGCACAACUGGACCUGCUUGCCAGACUCCAAUGAUGUUGUCCAGGCCAGGAAAGUGUACGAUUUGCGAAGCGAUGUUGUGUACAAAUCUGACAUGGAGUUCAUGAGGGGACUUGGGUGGGUCCCUCUUGGCUCACUGGAUGUUGUGAAAGUCAAAAAAGCAGGAGAGAUCCUGAGUGAACGUCUGUACCGCCAGAAGCCAGAUGCUCUUAAAUAUACAAUAGAUAUGGAGGCCAUGCCCAUGGUCCUUGCUAAGUCAAAUGCUCAGACAAUGAACAAGCGUCUGUACAAUGAAGCCUGGGAGAAUGAUAAGGUCAAAAUUCAUUUAAAUGCGGAUCUGCCAGAGGUUCUUCUUGCAAAGGCCAAUGCUCUGAAUAUGAGUAAGAAACUUUACAGGCAAGGUUUUGAGGAGGCUAUCAGGAAGGGCUAUGACAUCAAACCGGAUGCCAUAUCCAUCAAAGCUGCCAAGGCGUCCAGAGAUAUUGCCAGUGAUUAUAAGUACAAGGCAGGAUACCGUAAGCAAGUUGGCCAUCACAUCGGAGCCCGCAGCAUUCAAGACGACCCCUUGCUCAUGCUGGCUUUGAAUUCAGUCAAGAUCGCCAGUGAUGUGCUCUACAAGAAGGACUUCCAUAAGACCAAGACUAAAUACAACCUCCCUGUGGACAUGCUGACCCUUGAGCUGGCCAAGAAGUGCCAGAUUCAAGUCAACGACUUCAACUACAGAACUCGGCUGCACAACUGGACCUGCCUGCCAGACUCCAAUGAUGUUGUCCAUGCCAGGAAGGUCUACGAUCUACGCAGUGAUGCUGUUUACAAGUCUGACCUGGAGUGGUUGAAAGGCACAGGAUGGGUCCCCAUUGGCUCGCUUGAUGUUGAGAAGGCCAAAAAGGCCGCUGAGAUCCUGAGCGAAAAGAAGUACCGCCAGCACCCCAGCAACUUCAAGUUCAGCAGCAAUACAGACUCCAUCCCUAUUGCCCUGGCUCAAGCCAAUGCCAAAAUAAUGGACCAGAAAGCUUACACUGAUGCCUGGAACAAAGACAAGGUCAAUAUCCACAUUAUGCCAGACACACCAGAGAUUCUCCUCUCCCAGCAGAACAAACUAAACACCAGCAUGAAAUACUACAGACAUGACUAUGAAGAUAGUCUCAAGAAGGGAUAUCUGCUGCCCAAGGAUGCCAUCUCCGUCCAGUCAGCCAAGGCCUCCAGAGAUAUCAUCAGUGAUUACAAGUACAAGACAGGUUACCGCAAGCAAAUCGGACACCACAUCGGAGCCCGUUGCGUAGAAGAUGACCCCCUGAUGGUGAUGGCUGCGAAUGCUGCAAAGAUUGCCAGUGAUUUUGUCUACAAGAAGGACUUCCAUAAGACCAAGACUAAAUUCAACCUCCCAGUGGACAUGCUGACCCUUGAGCUGGCCAAGAAGUGCCAGAUCCAAGUCAAUGACUUCAACUACAGAACUCGGCUGCACAACUGGACCUGCCUGCCAGACUCCAAUGAUGUUGUCCAUGCCAGGAAGGUCUACGAUCUACGCAGUGAUGCGGUCUACAAGUCUGACCUGGAGUGGCUCCGAGGGUGUGGCUGGAUGCCCCAGGGGUCCCUGGAUGUCAACAAGGCCAAGAACGCUCAGAAGAUCCUCAACGACAGGCUGUAUCGCCAGCACCCCAGCGCAAUUAAUUUCACCAGCAUCGUCGACCUGCCCAGCAUCGUCCUGGCCAAGCAAAACUCCGACAACCUCAGCGAUAUGAAAUACAAAGAGACGUGGGAAAAGGAAAAGACUUCCGUACAUAUUGGACCUGACAUACCUUCAAUUGAACUGUCCAGAGUCAACACCGCUAAUAUUAGCAAUAAAUUGUACACACAAGACUGGGAUAACCGCAAGGCCAAAGGAUACCAGAUCAAAGCAGAUGCCAUCUCUGUUUUGAAGGCCAAAGCUUCAAGGGACAUCAUUAGUGAUUACAAGUACCAUGAAGGAUACCGCAAGCAAGUUGGCCAUCACAUUGGAGCCCGCAGCGUCCGAGAUGACCCCUUGAUCAUGCUGGCUUUGAAUUCAGCCAAGAUCGCUAGUGAUGCUCUCUACAAGAAGGACUUCCACAAAUCCAAGACUAAAUUCAACCUCCCAGUGGACAUGCUGACUCUCGAGUUGGCCAAGAAGUGCCAGAUCCAAGUCAACGACUUCAACUACAGAACUCGGCUGCACAACUGGACCUGCCUGCCAGAUUCUAAUGAUGUCGUGCAGGCCAGAAAAGCAUAUGACCUUCAGAGUGAUGCUGUAUACAAGUCUGACCUGGAGUGGCUGAGAGGGAUCGGAUGGCUGCCUCAGGAAUCCUUAGAUGUUAAAAAAGUAAAGAAUGCCCAGAAGAUCCUGGCUGAUAGAGGCUAUAGAACUAAAGCGGAUGAACUGAAGUUCUCUGCUCCCUUGGACAGAGUGGACUUUGUCUGUGCCAAGAACGCUGCCGAAGUCCUCAAUGAGGCAAAGUAUCGCGCAGCCUGGCAUGCAGACAAGACCAAAUACACCAUGCUGGAUACCCCACAGCUGGCAGCAGCAAGAGAAGCAGCCAAGAACAUCAAUCAGCACCUGUACAUCCAGGACUGGGAAAACACAAAAGCCACAGGCUACUUCAUGCCUAGAGAUGCCGUGCCCAUCAAGCACAGCAUUCAGACCACAAAAAUACAGAGUGACUACAAGUACCAUGAAGGGUAUCGGAAGCAAAUUGGCCAUCACAUUGGAGCCCGCAGCAUUCAAGAUGACCCCCUGCUCAUGCUGGCUUUGAAUUCAGCCAAGAUCGCCAGUGAUGCUCUGUAUAAGAAGGACUUCAAUAAGUCCAAAACUAAAUUCAAACUUCCAGUGGACAUGUUGGCUUUCGAGUUAGCUAAGAAGUGCCAGAUCCAAGUCAACGACGAUAACUAUAGAACCCGCCUGCACAACUGGACCUGCCUGCCAGACUCCAAUGAUGUUGUCCAUGCCAGGAAGGUCUACGACCUGCACAGUGAUUAUGUCUACAAAUCAGAUCUGGAGUGGAUCCGUGGUUGUGGUUGGGUGGCGUUGGAUUCAGUGGAUCACGUGAAAGUGAAAAGAGCUCAGGGGAUCCUGAAUGACAGGCUUUACACCAAGGAUGCAAAGGAGAACUUCGGGAAAUUUACCCACAUUGUGGAUCGGCCAGAGAUCAUUCAGGCCCAGAUCAACGCUUUCCAUCUCAGUGACCUGAAGUACAAAGAGACCUUCAACCUGGAGAAAGGAAAGUAUAUUGGGUCAGUGGAUACUCCCCAGCUGGCCCACUGCCGAGAAGUGUCCAAGGCCACCAGUGAGAAACUGUAUAAGUCAAACUGGGACAACAGCAAAGCCACAGGCUACCAGCUGGACAAUGAAUACAUCCCAUUGGUAGGAGCAAAGCGCAGUAAGGAUAUCAUCAGUGAGGUGAAAUACAAAGAUGCCUAUGAGAAGGCAAAGGGUCACUACAUGGCUGGCACCACGGUGGACUUCCCCCAAGUGGUCCAUGCUGCAGCGAUGGAGAAAAUGAAGAAUAUGAGAGAUUACCACAAGGCGUAUGAAGAGACCAAGACCAAGCUCCACAUCCCCCAUGACAUGGUGAGCCAUGUGGUGGCCAAGAGGUGUCAGGACAUCCUCAGUGAUGUCCUGUACCGCACCUACCUGCACCAGUGGACCUGCCACCCUGACCAGAACGACGCCAUCCUCGCUCGCAAGGCCAACGAAAUCUUAAGCGAUGUUUACUACAAAGACGACCUCAACUGGAUAAAGGGCAUCGGUUGCUAUAACUGGGACACACCUGAAAUCAUCCGGGCCAAGAAGGCCUACGACCUGCAGAGUGAUCUCAAGUACAAAUCAGACGCGAAGAAAGGGUUUAAUAAUUAUUCUAUUGUGACGGACACCCCAGUCUAUGUGACUGCAAUCCUGGGGCACACCUGGGCCAGUGAGCUGAACUACCGGGAAGCCUACCACAAGGAAAAGCACAAAUAUACUACUGUACUAGACACUUUUGACUAUACAAGGUGUCAUAACCUGAAACAUAUCUACAGCAAUAAAAUGUAUACAGAUGUGUGGGACAAGAUCAAAGCCAAGAGUUACAGCUUGCCCCCGGACUCCCAGGCAUUGACCCAUGCCAAACAGCAGAAGGUCGUCUUGAGCAAUGUAAAGUAUCGUGAGGAUUAUGAGAGGUUCAAGUCCCUCUACAGCUUGCCCAAGUGCCUAGCGGACGAUCCCGCGACGGCGAGAUGCAUCCGAGUUGGGAAGCUCGCCCUUGAUCGUCUGUACAAGGAGAACUAUGAGAAGACCAAGGCCAGGGUGCACCUGCCACCUGAUAUGCAGGAGGUUGUGGCUGCCCGCAACACCCAGAAAAUGAUCAGUGACGUUGAUUACCGCAAGUACCUGCACCAGUGGAUCUGCCUGCCCGACAUGCAGGCCUACACCCAGGCCCGCAAAGUCAACGAGCAGCUGAGCGAUUUCUUCUACAAGGAUGACCUGAACUGGCUGAAGGGGGUUGGCUGCUACGUGUGGGACACCCCUGAGAUCCUGCGCUGCAAGCGUGCUGACAAUCUGCAGAGCAAGAACAAGUACAAAGCCAAAGCAGUGGAGCGGCUGAAUGACUUCUCUGUUGUGCUGGACACUCCUGUAUAUGGCUCUUGCAAGCUUAGUGCCAUCAACCUGAGUGAUCUCCAUUAUCGCCACAAUUACGUCACCAGUAUCAAAGGGACACACACCUCCCCUGCUGUUACCAUAGACACGGAAAGAGCAAAACUGGGAAACUACAUCCAGAGUGACAACAUCUACAAAGAGGCCAGCAAGAACUUAAUGCCCACUGGCUACACCCUUCCUUAUGACAUUCCACCAAUCAAACAGGCAAAGUCCAACAGCUUCACCUUCAGCAAUGUCAAAUACAAGGAAGCAUAUGACCUCAUGAAAGCAAAGAACUACACCCUGGACCCGAACAGUGUCAACUUCGUGAACAUCAGGAAAGUGAACGCGGUCACCAACGAGCGCUUGUACCGCCAGCUUUAUGAGAAACAGAAGGACAAGAUCCACACCACCUACGACACACCUGAGAUCAGACAGGUCAAGGCCACCCAGACAGCCAUCAGUGAUCUCUGCUACAAGGAGAAGUACUUCAACAACAGGGGGAACCUGAUCUCCAUGCCCAUCACUCCUGAACUGAUGCACUGCUACCAUGUCAACCAGAUCACCAGCGAUCUGAAAUAUAAAGAGGACCUGCAGUGGUUGAAGGGCCUUGGAUGCUUCCUGUACGACACACCUGAGAUGGUCCGCGUCCGCAACCUCAACAAGUUCCGGACUACCUAUGAAAUUGAUGCAAAGAAGACGCGAGACAAGUACUCUGUUGUCCUGGAAACACCUGAAUACAAACGUGUGUCAGAGCUCAAGCAGCACCUGAGUAAUCUGGUGUACAGAGCUGAAGGCAAUGAGCAGAAAACAAAGUUUACUGCCAAACUGGACGGUAUGGAUAUUCAGAGGGCCAAAUGGGCUCAGCAGCUGACAAAUAAGUACCUGUACACGGAUCUGGCCGCUAAGGAGAGGGCCUUCUUCACCCCUACAGUAGACAGCCCAACCCUGCACCAUGCCCGGCACAUGAAGGUGGUAUACAGUGAGAAAAAAUACAAGGAUCAGUAUGAAAAGUUGAAGCACAGGUACACGUCCAUCGCCGACACGCCCAUUGCGAUCCGAGCCAAGAAGACCUACCUCAAUGCCAGUGAUCUCCGCUACAAGGAGGCGUUUGAACAGGCUAAGGGACGCUACCACACAGUGAAGGACGCCCUGGACAUCAUCUACCACCGCAAGGUCACGGAUGACAUCAGCGAGGUUAAAUACAGAGAGAAGUACAUCAGCUCUCUGGGUCUGUGGAGGUCCAUCCCUGACCGCCCUGAGCUCUAUCACCACAGGAUGGUGGGUCAUGCUGUCAGCACUGUAAAGUACAAGGAGGACCUGGACUGGCUGAAGGGCAUUGGUUGCUAUGUGUGGGACACCCCAGUGAUGGUGCUGGCAGAGAAGAACAAGGACCUGUACAGCCAGAGGCUGUACAAGGCGUCUUUUGAGAAGAACAGAUGCAACUUCAAGUACACCUGUGACACUCCAUUCUUCCACGCUGCCAAGCAUGCCUCCACACUCCUCGACGAUAACAAGUAUAAGUCGAGGGCCAAGGAGCUCCUGAAGAGCGGCUGCAACGAGCUGCUUCGGCCAGACAUCCUCAGCGCCAUUUAUAACUCUAGCAUGUGGAGUAAGUGGAAGUACAGGGAGCAGUAUGAGCAAGGAAAGGACAAGUACACCCCCGUCCUGGAGACGCCCCAGCACCAGAUACACAAGCGCAGCAAGCAGAUCAGCGAUAUCAUUUAUAAGAUGGAGUACAACAGGAAUAAGGCCAAGGGGUACACCCUCGGCCAUGACACCCCACUCCAGCUGCACAUGAAGAAGGUCAAGGACUUCCCAAGCGCGAUGAAGUACAGGGCGCUCUAUGAGAAGAACAAAGCUCACAUCAACAUCGCCCCCGAUGCCCACGAGAUCCGAGCCGCCAAAGAGGCCUACAAGAACAUCAGCAAUCUUGACUACAAGAAGAAGUAUGAGGCCACCAAAAACAAGUGGAUCUGGACUGUCGAUAGGCCUGACUUUGUCCACGCUGCAAAGACCACCUUCCAACAGAGUGAUGUUGAGUAUAAAUAUGACAGGGAGUUUUUGAAGGGCUGUAAGAUGUCCGUGGUGGAUGACAAGAUCACAACCUUGGCCAAGAAGACGGGCGAGAUGUACAGUGAUGUAAAAUACAAGGAGAAAUAUCAGAAAUCAAGGGGGAUCUUCAAAGCUGUUCCAGACACCCCUCAAAUUCUCCACGCAAAGUCAGUGGCCUCACUUGUAUCUGAGACUAAAUACAAGGAGGCCAGCAAGAAGGCGCGGCAGUCUGGUGGCUUCACCACUCUACCCCAAACGCGUGAGACCGCCCACGGGAAAGAGAUGGCCAAGCUUGUGAGCAAGACAGAGUACAAGAAGAAUUUUGAGAAAGAGAAGGGCAAGUCCAAGUACAACAAAAUGACAGUCCCUCCUGAUGUGCAACAUGCCAUGGAUGUAGCCAAGAGUCAGAGCAACAUUGCCUACAAGCAGGAAGCUAAGACCAAACUGCACUACACCCCUGUGGCCGACCGCCCUGAUAUCAGAAAGGCCACCCAGGCUGCCAAGCUCAUCAGCCAUAUUGGUUAUCGUGAAAAAGCACGAGAGGAGGCCAGCCGAGGUGGAUCCCUGCGCAACCGUCCCGAUAUCACUCUGGCCACCGAGGUGUCCAAGCUGACCAGUCAGGUGAAGUACAAGGAGAAGUUUGACAAAGAAAUGAAGGGGAAGAGACCACAGUAUGAUCUGAAGGAGAGCAAGAUAUACCAGACUCUGAAGGAUGCUCACACUAUUGCCAGUGAGGUCAAAUAUAAAGGGGAUCUGAAGAAGAUGCACAAGCCAGUGACGGACAUGUCCGAGUCUCUGUCCAUGCAACACAACCUGAGCACCAGCAGGCUGUCCAGUGACUACCAGUACAAGAAGAAAUUUGAGGAGAGUAAGGGUCACUACCACAUGAUCCCAGACACACCUGAACAGAUGCAUCACAAGGAGGCCUCAGAACUGCAGAGCCAAGUGAAGUACAAGGAAAAGUAUGAGAAGGAGAAAGGCAAGGCCAUGCUGGACUUUGAGACGCCCACGUAUGUAACAGCCAAGGAGGCCCAGCAAAUGCAGAGCCAGAAAGACUAUAGGAAGGACUAUGAGGAGUCCAUUAAAGGCAGAAACCUCUCAGGGCUGGAGGUCACCCCUGCCAUGUUACACGUCAGACACGCCACCAAAAUAGUCAGUGAGAAAGAGUACAGGAGGGAUCUAGAGGAAGGUGUGAGAGGUAAAGGGCUAACAGUGCUGGAGGAAACUCCGGAACUGUUAAGGGCAAAGAACGCUACUCAGAUCCUGAACGAGAAAGAGUACAAGAAGGCACUGGAGCUAGAGAUCAAGGGUAAAGGGUUGUUGGCUUUAGCAACAGACACACCGGACUUCAUGAGGGCCAAGAAUGCUACCGACAUCCUCAGUCAGACGAAGUACAAGCAGACCGCUGAGCAGGACCGGGCUAGCUACACUACAGUGACUGACACUCCAGACAUCCUCCAUGCUCAGCAAAUGAAAGUCAUCGUCAGCCAGAAAAAGUAUAAGGAAGAUGCAGAGAAGACCAUGUCGCACUAUGUGCCGGUUCUGGACACCCCAGAGAUGCAGCGAGUCCGGGAGAACCAGAGGAACUUCAGCACUCUUCAGUACCAGACAGACCUUAAAAACAGUAAGGGGAAAGUGUCCACUGUUAAAGACACUCCUGAAAUGCUACGCGUUAAAGAGAAUCAAAAGAAUUUCAGCUCGAUUUUGUACAAAGAGGACUUGGGAGGAGGAACGGCAAUAGCAGAGACACCAGAGAUGGAGAGGGUUAAACGAAACCAGCAGUCGAUUAGCACGAUAAAGUACAAGGAGGCUGUGGGCCAAGGCACAGCUAUUCCGGACCUACCAGAGGUGAAACGGGUUCGGGAGACCCAGAAGAACAUCAGCUCGAUUUUGUACAAAGAGAACUUGGGAGGAGGAACAGCAAUAGCAGAGACACCAGAGAUGGAGAGGGUUAAACGAAACCAGCAGGCGAUUAGCACGAUAAAGUACAAGGAAAUCGUGGGCCAAGGCACGGCUAUUUCGGACCUCCCGGAGGUGAAACGGGUCCGGGAGACCCAGAAGAACAUCAGCUCGGUGUGGUAUAAGGACACAACUGCAAAGGGAACGCCGGUCGUGUACACUCCAGAGAUGGAGCGGGUCAAGCGCAACCAAGAACACAUUAGCUCGGUGCUGUACUCCGAUAGCUUCAGAAAGCAGGUGCAAGGCAAGGCCGCCUUCGUCCUGGACACCCCUGAGAUGAGACGUGUCAAGCAGACCCAGCGCAUCAUCUCUGGGGUGAAAUACCACGAGGAAUUUGAGAAGAACAAGGGCAGCUUCACCCCUGUGGUGACGGACCCGGUGACUGAACGUGUGAAGAAGAACAUGCAGGACUUCAGUGACAUCAACUACCGCGGCAUCCAGAGGCGGGUGGUGGAGAUGGAGAGGAAGAGAGCGGUGGAUCACGACCAGGAGACCAUCACAGACCUGCGGGUGUGGCGCACAAACCCAGGCUCUGUCUUCGACUAUGACCCCGCCGAGGACAACAUCCAGUCGAGGAGCCUGCACAUGAUGUCAGUCCAAGCCCAGCGACGCAGCAAGGAGCACUCUCGUUCCACCAGUGUCAUGAGCGCCGGGGAUGAGAAAUCCGAGGUGUCUGAGAACGCGGAUCACCACCUGUCCCUGUACAGCAAUGGUUUCGGCACCUCUUCCCUAGGCUAUCAGCAGGCCAAGACGGUGGAGCUUCAGCAGAGGUCCUCCUCUGUUGUAACCCAGCAGACCAACGUCUCCUCCGUUCCCUCCCAUCCGUCUACCACUGGGAAAACUGUGCGUGCCAUGUACGACUACGCCGCCGCAGACAGCGAUGAGGUGUCCUUCAAGGAUGGCGACGUCAUCAUGAACGUGCAGUCCAUUGACGAGGGGUGGAUGUAUGGCACUGUCCAGCGCACCGGCAAGACAGGCAUGCUGCCAGCCAAUUAUGUCGAGGCUGUCUAAACAAUCCCCGCCCCCGAAAGCGGAUCUGAAACAUUCACUGGGCAGUUAAAUGGGCUUCGUAGGUGUUUAGCGUGUGUUAUGUGUUGAGUGUUCACACUAUUAUUGACAUACAGUAACUUAAGCCAUUGUGUCUGAUGUUGUGAGAUGCCUACCCCAUGUGGAUGUCACAUGUAAAACUGACAAAAUUACCUAUAUAAAUAAUUAAGAGCCUAUUACUGAAUACCUAUCGAUACCUAAAUGAGCUAUUGAAACAAUUUAAAAGCUGCUACUGUAUAGGGAAUGAAUACACCUCAUCUAAUAUCAAAGAGAACUGAAAAUCUAUUGAGAUGUUGCACUUAAAUAGGCCGAAAUGAUGUACACUAACUUUGUCUAUAGUUUUUGAAAAAGAAUAAGAUUAAACAAUACUAAGACUGAAACCAAGGGGUAACUAAUCAAUCAAAAAUCAUUUGCCUCUUGCAAACUCAAAGAAAAGCCAAAGCCACCCCCUCUGAGACCAGUUGGAAAGAUGAGCCUCCUCCCUCCUCUGAAGGCUGGCCGGUAGUGCAUGCGUUUUUGUUUCUUCUGCUUUACUGACGUCUGUAGGUGUUGGGGGUAGAGGAAGCUAUGUACCUUAAAACAGUAGUAAUAAAGCACACGCAAAUACAAUGGUCUUGAUGGUUGUGAAUUGGUGCCAUCCUUUUUCCUUACUUCUGGCCAGAAGAGUUAAUGUGCUGUGUCCUAGUGGUUGUCAAGAGUUCCAACACCAUUGGAUUUCCAUGGUUACCUAGUCUUGAUUCUAACUGAAGAGCAAACAUUGUUCAAUGUGCACAAACUAUCAGCCCCUCUCUAAAACAUUCUUCUGUUGCCCUGCCCCCUGAAAUUCAC